AUGCCGUGCUGUCUGUCCGCGUCCAUUUUCAGGUGCCGGUCCAUCCAGCAAGACAAGAAGAUGAUGUACGAGGCAGAGGGCUUCAACGAUGGCAAGGUCUUCGCGGCAACCACGCGGAGUUCAAACCUGUGCCAAGAGCUGGGGCAGGUCGGGUACAUUUUCUCGGACAAGACAGGGACGCUGACGCAAAACGACAUGGCACUGAGGAGAGUGUCCAUCAGUGGGCAAAGAUUUGGCACCUUCCAGAACACGAAGGCUGACGUUUUUGGUCGUCGAGCCAGGAUGGCUUCGAUGGUGGUCGUGAGCUCCAGGCGCUGCCCUGUCUUGACCAUGCAGAUUACAAUGGGAGCGGAGUGCGAGCGCGACUACUUCAACUGCUCUUUCUGCGGUGGCUAUUGCGGUAGAGACU